AUGUUAUAUAUUUUUGGAAGUUUACUCGUAUCUCAUUUAGUGACUUGUGUAGUGCUAACAUUUUAUCAACUUAAUGAUUCAAGAUUAAUCAAUACUAUACUACUUAGCUUUCAGUUCUUGAUGUUGGCUGUUCAUUUUAUAUUAAAAAUUAAAUAAAUUUAGAACGAAAAAAUUUAGAUAAGUGUGAAAGUGUGCAUAAAAAUUAGUUUACUAUUAAUAAUUUUUUAAAGGAAACAAUGUUUAGUCCAGAGUUUUCUGGCUGGUUCAUAUAUGCAAUAUUUAUUGAAAAAAUAAUCAAUUUAUUUAAAAUUGAUAAAUGCUUUAAUAUGUAUGUUUUACUUUGUAAUGUGGGGAGAGACUAAUGAAAAUACAAUAACAGGUACUUUGUUAUCACUUUUUAUGGUGUUAAAUAUUUGCAUGAAAUAUUACAUUUAAAAUAAAAAAGAAAAGGAUAGUCUUGGUUGUGUAUCCACGGUUAAACUUCCUUCUCCUGAAUUAAUAAAAAAUUAAACUUCACCAAAUUAUUCAAGAAAAGUUAGUGGACAUGAAUAUUAAUCUGAACCAUCAAAUGAACUUUAAAUAAAUGAUUUUGGAUGUAUGGAUUAAUACUAAAAAAUAUUCAAUAUGUUUCCAGAUGGUAUAAUAAUGGUAAAUAUGAAAAAGUAAGUUAUUUUUAUUAACAAACAUUUGAAAAAGAUGAUGGGAGGAAUGAAUAAGAAAGCAGCUUUUUAUAACCUAUUAUAGAUGAAAAAUGUAUAAUAAUAAAUAAAUGAAUUGGAAUAAAUAAAUUCAUUGUUUUAAGAACAAUAAAUAGUUUUAAAUGAAUAAGAAUUUGAUAAUAAAACAUAUUUUAAAAAAAGUACUUUUGAUGAAUCUAGAUAUGAUGAUCAAUCUGAACUAAAAUCAUCUUAUUCAUUUUAAUAAUUUGAAACUGUAAAGAAAUUACUUGAUCAUUUAAUAGAGAAUAGAAAUGAAAAACAUGGGGUUAUUAAAAUGCUUUGUUAAUUUCCUUAAAAUGAGAAAUCCCUUUUCUAAGUAAGUUUUAAAAAGUUUGAAAACAAAUAGUCUGAAUUUGUUUUAUUAAUUGUUAGAGAUAUGACUUCAAUGAAUCUUGUAACAUUUCUUUAAAGAGUGAUAGCAGAUAAAUCUAAAUUCUUAAGUACAGUAGUACAUGAAUUUAGAACUCCACUUUAAUCAAUAAAAUUGAUGGUUUAAUAAAUUUAACCUAUGUGUAGUGAAGAAAUGGUUUAAAAGUAUUUAUUGCCUAUGUUAAGUUAAUUAGAUUGUUUUACUAAUUUAAUUCAAGAUUUAUUGGAUGUUUCAGUAUUAAAUGUAGGAAAAUUUAAAUUAGAUAUACAAUAAUUAAAUCUUCAUCACUUAAUAACAGAGACAUACAAUAUAAUGGUUGUUUAAGCAUAUGCAAAGAAUAAUGAUUUAGUGUUAAAUUUAAAAGGAAUACCAGAAAAAAUAUGUUCAGAUCCUUAUAAAAUAAGAUAAAUUUUAAUAAAUUUAUUAGGCAAUUCUGUAAAAUUUACUUACAAUGGAAUAAUAACUAUUUCUGGUAAAACUGUAAACAAAUCAGUAGAAUUGACAGUUUCUGAUACAGGUUUAGGAAUAACUGCUGCAAAUUAAAAUAAAUUAUUUACUGAAUUUGGUAAGUUAGAUGAUCCAACUAAUUCUAAUCCAUAAGGAAUAGGAUUGGGAUUAAUGAUAAGCAAUGUUUUAGCUAGAAAGUUAUCAUAUGAUUAAAAAGGAUUAUCAGCAGUAUCAGAUGGAGAAGGCAAAGGAUCAAAGUUUUCGUUUUAGGUUUAUGAUCAUUCAUUUAAUGAAGAAAAAUAAAAGUAUUAGUAAGAAUCAGUUGUUCGUUAAUAAAGAGAAUAUUUUUAGGCUCCGUUAAAUUAAAUAAAAUAAUGUGAUAGCUUUAGAAUGAGUGGAUUAGAAUUAAGUUAAUAUUCUAGAUGUUAAUGUCCUGAAAUUCUAAUAGUCGAUGAUCAACCUUUCAUUUUAUAAAUGCUAAAGUAGUAACUUGAAUCAUAAGGUUAUCGAGUAAACUUAGCAUUUAGUGGGUUUGAAUGUAUUAAGAAAAUUGAGUAAUUUUAACAUGGACCUACUUGUGCUUGUAAAAAUUACAAAAUUGUGAUUCUUGAUAUAGAUUUACCAAAUUUAAAUGGAAUUGAAACUUGCAAAAGAAUUAUCAAUAUGGGUUAUAAUGGAUAUAUAUUGGGACAUAGUGGAUAUUCUGGAGGUUAAGAAGAAGAAGAAUGUUUGAAAGCUGGUAUGGUUGGAUACUUUGUUAAGCCUUUAGAAAUUGGAAAAUUAUAAUAAUGGUUAGAAUAAAAUAGAAUUCUGCUUUGAUUAUUUUUUUGUAUAUUAAUAUGCUCACUAAAAAUUAAAGGUC